AUGGGUAGCGACAAGGGCUGCCAAGCAAAAUACGACGAUGCCGUUUCUUCUCCAUUACUGACCGAAGCAGCAAUCUCCAUUGAGAGGAGGCCAACUGAAACCCUAACAUCGUCACCAUCGCUUCACAUGCCGCCACUUCCGACUCUUCCUUUCGAUCUCAUUCCAGAAAUUCUAUGUAGGCUAUCGAAAAUUCAAAGAAUUGCCCCCCUUGAGAGGCCACAAAGUCUUUGUCAUGUUCUGGGAAUGUAUGGUUUCGGCUAUGAUGUGGAUAAUAAGAAUUACAAGGUUGUGGUUGUUUCACAUCUACGCGAUAGUAGUGGUAAUUUUGUUGAAAAAGACAAAGUGAUGGUUCAUACUUUGGGCACCAAUGCUUGGGAAAGCAUUCAGAAGUUCCCUUUUUAUUGUGGUCCGCAUCAAAGAGGAACAUUUGUGAGUGGCAUGAUUAAUUGGCUGGUUUACAAGGGAAGUCACCUUUGUAUUGCUUCUUUUGAUUUGGGGAACAAGUCUAAUCAAGAAGUUUCGCUUCUUGCUUAUGUAGAGGUUUAUGCAUAUCCUUUUGGAUUGGGUGUGUUGAGGGAUUGUUUGUGCAUGAUUAUCGGUCAUGAUGUUUGGGUUAUGAAGGAACAUGGAAAUAAAGAGUCAUGGACUAAAUUAUUCACUAUUUCUUAUCUUCCUAUAACUUAUAUUAUUAUUGAUAUAGUAAAUAUUUUUGAGGAAAACCAAGUGUUGCUGAAGUGUACAGGCAAAUAUGGUACCCGAAAAUGGAUUAUUUACAAUUCAAUAAAUGGUACUUUUGCGUGUACUCGGUUAGAAAAUGCCCUAGAAGUAGAAGUCUGUGUUGAAAGUUUGAUAUCACCUUAUUGGUUCUAG